CGUGUUUUGAUAACGGCUGCGGAAGAAGCUGUCAUUUGCUGUCGUCUCGCCGAUUCCCCGUCCAAGCAGUUAGCUGUCCCCUCAAUAACAAAUAUAAAAACCAAAUUUAAACCGACAAAUGUAACCGUAGUCACAUAAAGCCACCAUGGGAUUUACACUGGGACGCUGUCUUGGUGCUGAACCGUCGAAAGCGCUCCCGUUGUUUCCCUUUCUGUUGACAUUCCUGCUCGUCGGGAUCCAAGGCGACAGCAAUGCGAUGGAUAACGUCGCAACUGAGAGGAUGGCUGAGGAGAGCCACCGACAGGACAGUGCCAAUCUGCUUAUAUUCAUAAUGCUCCUAACGCUCACUAUUUUAACCAUAUGGCUGUUCAAACACCGGCGUUUUAGGUUCCUGCACGAAACAGGACUAGCGAUGAUCUAUGGCCUGUUGGUGGGUGUGAUCCUGCGGUUCGGCGUCCAUGUGCCCCAGAGCAUGAGUGACGUGAUCCCCAGCUGUGCUGUCAACGCCAGUCCCGCCACUCUGCUGGUCAACGUCAGCGGGCGCUUCUACGAGUACACUCUGAAGGGGGAAGUCAGCCGGGGGAAAGGUCACCAAGUGCAGGAUGAUGAGAUGCUGAGAAAGGUGACCUUUGACCCGGAGGUUUUUUUCAACAUUUUGCUGCCUCCCAUUAUCUUCCACGCUGGUUACAGUCUAAAGAGGAGACAUUUCUUCAGAAACAUCGGCUCCAUCCUGGCCUAUGCUUUCAUGGGAACAGUCAUUUCCUGCUUUGUUAUUGGGCUGAUCAUGUAUGGCUUUGUGUCCUUCAUGAAAGUUGUGGGCCAGCUUGGGGGAGAUUUUUACUUUACUGACUGCCUCUUCUUUGGGGCCAUCGUUUCAGCAACAGACCCAGUGACAGUGCUGGCUAUCUUUAAUGAGCUAAAGGUAGAUGUGGACCUGUAUGCAUUACUCUUUGGGGAGAGUGUCCUCAACGAUGCUGUGGCCAUCGUCCUCUCUUCCUCCAUUGUGGCGUACCAGCCUGCGGGAGACAACAGUCACAGCUUUGAGGCCAUGGCCUUGUUGAAAUCCUUCGGCAUCUUCCUGGGCGUUUUCAGCGGAUCCUUUGCUCUUGGAGUGGCCACUGGAGUCAUGACCGCUCUCAUAUCCAAGUUCACUAAGCUGAGGGACUUCCCCUUGCUGGAGACAGCUCUCUUUUUCCUCAUGUCCUGGAGCACCUUUUUAUUGGCCGAGGCCUGUGGGUUUACAGGUGUAGUGGCUGUCCUGUUCUGUGGGAUCACUCAGGCUCACUACACUUUCAACAAUCUCUCCCCUGACUCUCAGGACAGGACCAAACAGUUGUUCGAGCUGUUGAACUUCCUGGCAGAGAACUUCAUCUUCUCCUACAUGGGUUUGACUCUCUUCUCCUUCCAGUCACACGUCUUCAACCCCAUGUUCAUUAUUGGAGCCUUUAUGGCGGUGUUUCUGGGCAGGGCUGCAAACAUCUACCCUUUGUCUUUCCUGCUCAACCUGGGCCGCAAGAACAAGAUCAGAUCCAACUUUCAGCAUGUCAUGAUGUUCGCAGGCCUGCGUGGGGCGAUGACCUUUGCUCUUUCAAUCCGAGACACAGCAACUUACGCCCGUCAGAUGAUGUUUUCAACCACCCUCCUAAUUGUCUUCUUCACUGUCUGGAUCUGUGGGGGGGGCACCACACCCAUGCUGUCCUUCAUGAGCAUACCGGUUGGGGUGGAUUCUGAUCAAGACACAUCUAGUUCAGCGGUGUUGGAUGGGUCUCAGCGGAGAAACACCAAGCAUGAGAGCGCCUGGCCCUUCAGGAUCUGGUAUAACUUUGACCACAACUAUCUGAAGCCUCUCCUGACCCACAGCGGCCCCCCUCUCACUGCUACUAUGCCUGCAUGUUGUGGACCGCUGGCCAGAUGCCUCACCAGCCCACAGGCCUAUGAGAACGAAGGUCAGCUCCAUGACGAAGACUCUGACUUCAUCCUGAACGAUGCCAGCGUGAGCUCCAUGUAUGCUGACGUCACCGUCAGCACGGACGCCUCCGGAUCCCACACCAUAAACCGCAAGCACUCCUUUAACUACAGCGCCGGGGGCGGUCCGUCUGAUGAAGGCCUGGAUCACGAGCUCGCCUUGGCGGAACACGAAGUCGCGAUCAGGGGCACCCGUCUGGUCCUUCCCAUGGAUGACCCAGUGGAGCCCCCAACCACUGUUACCCUGCCCCCGCCUCCCUCCCCGCCACGCUCCGACCCUCGCAGGCACAGACUGUAAGAAGGCUUGUGCUGUCAGGAUGCAGUUUGUUGCUUUUCAACUUCGAAAAAACCACAAAUCAUCUAACUUUCACAAGAAAAUAGCAUCUGUUAGUUGAUUUGUUUGGAUUUUUGAUUGAAAUGACAAACUGUUUUUAACAGUACGAGUCACAUAAAAGCACCACCUCUCUGUCUAAUGUGGUUUUAAAAUUGUCUCAGCUUUGUGACAAACUCGAGGCGUGCUUGAUUUAACUCCCCAUUUGGGUGGAUUACUGUAAUCUUAAAUGUGAAUGCACUACAUGUAAGGCAAGGUACUGUAAAUCAAGUGCACCUCAAGGCUAAAGGUUACGUAAAAUAACGCGACAUGCACAUUUAGCGACCAUUUGAGGAAGCUAAAAAAUGGAGCUGUAGUAUAUGCUCCUGAGUUUGUACUACUGUGGUGAUAUGCCAGUGCUGUUAUCUAUGCUCUCUGAUAGCCCCUGACUCCCUCCGACGGGGCGAUUCCUAAACGUUUCAUAUGCAGUUUACUCUUCUCUCUGUGGUGAAGUUGCUCCUGACAACAGGACCUGUAUUUGUCUAGCUUCCUUCAAGUAUUAGUAAGAUGACCUACAGUAACACUAACACUUAGAGCGGUUCACUUUGCUCUGGUACCACCACUUACACUUCAGUUACAUUACUAAUCUUAUCUAGCCACAGUGUCCAGUGUAUUUCUUUCUGUGUCUCCCUCUCACAGUUCAUUAGUGGAGAGGGUUCUUUGUGAUAAUGGGAGCAACUACACGAGGACAUUGAUAUCUGCGAUGGAAGCUGUAUUAGGAGUUUUGAAUUUUAAAAGAAACACAAUCUACAACAAGAUUUUAAGUAGAUGCAAUGAGGCCAAAAACUCAAACUGCUUCAGCAGUAUCCAGGAGAGUCUCCACUAUCUUCAAUCUUAAAUCUUAGCACUGUCUGCCUCUUCUCUUCUCGAUCAGUUGUUUCACUCGUUAAUUUAUUUAUUUAACAAAAAUCAUUUAUUUGUGUAAUGAUUAAUUUUGUUUAUUUAUUAUUUAUUUAUGGUUUUGUGACAUUAAUGAUUAUCUUGCCCUGUUAAAAAAUAUAGGACUGCUUGGUGGUGAGAGGCUGUUGAUACGCACCUUUAAGCACUAAGGCUCUUCCUACACAAGGUACGCUGUACAGUAGGGAAGUCACGAGGAAGGUGGAUGUUCAUUCUUUAACUUUGUGUGCAUGUUAAAAUAUCUCCUUCCUGUACUGUAGCAGAUCCUUCUACUUUAUACUUGGAAACUAGAGCUUCCCUGUGUGUGCAUUUUACAAGUGUGUGUGUGUCUGUGUGUGGGCUGAUGUCAGAAUGAAAUUGUCUAAAUCUUUAGGGCUAAUGUUUGUUUCUUGGUUUUCUGUCGUCAUCUGGUUUAUUCUUCUUUCUAAAAAAAACAAAACAGCAACAAACAAACAAAGUAACUGCCGUGUCUUUGUGAUGUUGUAUCAUCAAAGAUGACUCUGAGGGCUGGCUGAACUGUUUUGAAUUAAAGUGCCUAUUCAGAAAUUCAAUUAUUUAAUGUAGAUUUGUACAUAUUUUGAUUUGCUAAUGUGCAGCAAGAUGAUCUUUCUUGAUCCUUUUUUUUAUAUGACACUAAACCCUUUGAUUGCUGUUGAAUACUGUAUUUCCAGUAUGAUUAGGCCAUUAGCUGACUGCCUGUAGUGUAAUUAUUUGUUUUUGGUGUAUUCAAAAAAAUAAGAGCCCAAAAGAGUGCAAACUAAAAUGUUGUACUUUAAUUAAUAGGAAAUAACAAGUAUCACUUAUAUUUUAUUGAAUAUAAUCAUUUGUGAAUGAUGUGUGGAAAAUAUAUUCUUCCUCAAAACGAAUGUGUGGCACUUUUAAAUGACACAAUAAUAGACUGAAUUUGAGGGUUAGAACCUGGCCACCUCUUUUUAUUUGCCAGUAAGGUCAAAGGAAAGAUACCACUACAAGAGAAUACCACCAACAUUUUACUGAUGCAGUGUUAGUCUAUUUUGCUCCUUGUUGGGCAACCAAGCUCGUCUAUUCUGUUCCCACCUCAGUGAGAGAUAUUUCGCACUGAGGAAUCUCCGUAGCUGAGAGAGAUCCUUGUUUGUCCUGUUUUCUGCUGAGCAGGUCAGAUUUUUAUGACCAAGGUAGGAAUGACUUCCUGGUCCAAAUCAUAUUUUCAAGACGUUCAAUAGUUUAUAGCUGCACGUGAGUCUUUUUGAUCUUCAAGGAGUAUUAUUAAUAUGAGUUUGUGCGUAGUCAUCCAAAAGUCUGGGCAUGAGUGAAUUUGCAUUUUCCCCCUUCAUUAAGGUACCCUUUAAUUUUAAUUUGUUUUAAUGUAACUGAACCAUAACAACAGUUAUUUAUUUAUAUAUAUAUAUAUAUACACACACACUAUAGUUUAAAUGGGAUUUUUUGGGAAACAGUUAUAAUCUAUCAAUAGUGACACACCUAAAAAUCUAAACAUGUUUGAUUUUGUUGACAGUUGUGUUUGUGAAAGGUACACCUGCAAUCUUAUAUGUGAAUGUUUUUGAAAUAAAUGUGAAUUUUUGUUGAGGGGGAAAUAAUCUCAGAUUUAAUAGAUUUUUCUCUGUGUAGUGUUGAAGUUAUUAACAGUGUCUCCUCAGUCAGACAUCUUGCAAGUGUACUAAAAAAUAAAAACAAUUCUUGAAAA